CGAAAUGAUCGGUGGGUGGGAAGCAACACUGGAGGGAGGGAGGGAGGGAGGACAGACAAUGCUGCACACAUGGUGGUGGUGCAUGUGUGUCUAUGUGCAGUACCUCAUGGUGAUGUGGGUGUGGAGGUGAUGUCGUGCGUCGAGCCACUGCUCCAGCUGCGGGGCAUGCAGGAGCUGACGGUUUUCCCGCGGUUUCGGGAGGGUGCUGAUAGAGAGGCCGUGCGAAGGGCGAUUGAGGAGGAGUGCCGCAGACGGUUCCCUCCUGGCGGCACGCACGGCCUCGGCAUCACCUUUGCGGGCCCCUCGUGGAGAGGUGGUUUCAUCUUCAGGGUCCGCCGGCACGGCGCCCAGAAGGUCAGACAUCAUGCGCCGUCAGCAUCCUGAUGGUCAUACAUGGCCAACAGGGAUGGUUGAUGCACGGUGGUGAUGUGACGUCAUC